AUGAAAGAAACAAUCCCAAAGUAUACACCAGGUUUACGUGAAGCUGUAAGAAAAUCUGAAAAUGAUGAGUUGAAAAUUUUUCAGAAAGAAUGGGAAGAGCACUUAUUAGACGAAGAUAAAUUAAUUGAAAAUGGUUCCAAAAAUAAAAAAUGGUGGUGGAAAAAAUGA